ACAGUACAGACAGUGCAUAUCACUCCACCCUAAAGAGUGAGAGCACACCUUAAGAGAGGCGGCAAAAUAGCAUGGUCCUAGGACAAGGACAAAAUGCCAGGCAAAAAGGACUCAAAGUCAGCGGCCAAAAAAGGAGGGAAACCAGAGCCAGAAAAAACUAAGGGCAAAGAGGAAGAAAAAAAGGGCAAAGAUGACAAAAAAGGGGCUAAAGAUGAUAAAAAGGGAGGUAAAGAUGACAAGAAGGGAGGAAAAGAUGACAAGAAGAAGGGAAAAGAAGAGCCUCCCAAAGGGAAAGGAAAAGAUGAUGGAAAGAAAGGAAAGGAUAAAGGGAAGGGAGCAAAAGUGGUCAGUGAGUCAGAAGAGGGUUCAGACGCAGAGCCUAUAGAGGAUGAUGAAGAGUUAAGUGAUGAAGAAGAGGACGAAGAAUCAGAUAGAGAUGCUCGUAAGCGUGGUCGUGGAAAGACUGACGCUAAAAGCAAAGCAGCAAAGGGAAAGUCCAAAUCCAAAUAUGCUGAAUCAGAUGAGGAUGAUGAAGAAGAUGAGGAAGACGAGGAAGAUGAAGAGGAAGAAGAUGAAAGUGAAGAAGAAGACAGGAAAGCAAAGAAGAAAUCAAAAGAUGCACACAAAUCCAAAUCUAAACCAGAAGAAGAUGGAAAGAAGAAGAAAGCAAAAAAGAAGGAUGAGCCUCCACCUGAGCCACCACCAGAGGAGAAGAAGAAGAAAAGAGGGUUAAAAAACACUUCCAGACUCUUCAUGCGUUUCUCCGGAUUUAGGAGGAAAAAGAACUCGAAGAAGCGGCUUAAAAGCACAUCUAGACUCUUUCUUGGACUUGGCAGAAGAAAGAGUCGUCUCGCCAAAAAAAAGAGGAGAAAAUCAGUUUUGAAAAAUGCCCCCAGACUGCUCAUGCGUUUCAAAGCCAGUAAGAAAAGAAAGAAAGAGAAAGAAAAGGAAAAAUCAGGAAAUAAGCCGACCUACAUGCUCCUUAGAAUUGGUGGUAACAAACCAGCAGAGAAGAAAACCGGGUUUUUCAAAGGACUUUUUGGGAAAAAGAAUGCAGAUGGGGAGUCUAAUUUUAAAUACCGGAGUGCAUUAAUGGGUAAAAUUGCAGGGGCAACAAACUGGCUCACUAAGAAGUUCCUCUCAACUAAAAGGAAACAGAGAUCACUUGGUAGGGAUCAUGACCCCUGGGGACGGUCAAGCAACAAAAGAUUUCCCGGGGGUAGUCGGCAGACAAGCAUGCGAGGUCCUCGGGGGUAUGACAACUAUGGAUAUGAACAAGAUUUUGAUGGAUUUGACUACAAUAACCAGGGUAGAGUAGGAAGAGGUGCAUUCAACAGACAGUCAAUGAGUAGACACCUAAACAGAUAUGAGGACCAGUAUGCUUCUCUGCAGGGACAUGCACAAAUACUGCCACAGCACUACAGUCAGUAUGAAGAGACAGCUGACUAUUAUGAUGCACCGUCUCAGGAUCAAGGCUAUUAUGAUCUAGAAGAUGGAUACUAUGACACACAGAUGGGCAUGCAGAAUGGAGCAGAGUAUUAUGAUGAUGGUAUGGGCUACUAUAACCCAUAUUCUGCUCAAAAUCAGGUGGGCUACUACCCAGACGAGAUGGAAUACUAUGCCGAACAACAGUUGUUGGACCCAUAUUACAACAAUGGCAUGGAAUACUAUGAUGAGGGCCAGUAUCUGAUAGAGAAUGGUUAUGAAACUUAUGGAAAUGAAAUGGAGUCCUAUGACCAGGGUCAGUUUGAUUAUUAUGAUGAUCCUCAGGGUUUCUACGAUGAUCCAUAUGGUGAUGUUGGACCAAGUGAUCUAUAUAUGGAUCCUUAUGGAAAUUAUAAUGAUCCACAUCUACAAGACUACCAGGUUAAUUACAGUGAAUCAGGGAUUUCUCCAUAUCUUGAGUCUUCUUAUAACACAUACGAACCGUAUAGUUAUGCUGUGCAUGAUGUUAUGGAUGGUGAGGAAGUUGAUGCAUUGUAUGGUGUGGAGUUUGGUGACAUCCCCAUGGAACCAGUGGUACUUCAAGGAGAAAUGUUCAGAGUUCCAAGGCCUCAAGUUAAGCUUUUUGGUAAAGAGAAGAUAGAUGUUGAGCUUCCACCACCACCACCACAAUAUGAUUUUGAAGAGAUGUCAGAGAUUCAAUAUGAAAAUGAACCAUUCAUCCCUGGAGCUCAUAUGGUCGAUGGUUUUCCUCCGGCACUGCAUCCACAAGAUAUGUUUCAACCAAUGGUUCCUCAGAUCCCCACACCAACUGCAAUGUUAAUUAAGCAUGCUAACAGUCCUCAGAGAUUGGUGAGCCCUAUUUCUUCCCCUAUGUCACCAAUGGCCCAAGACAGUGCUUUUCCUCCAUCUCCUACACCAAGCAGGAGGUCCAUGGGGAUGGUGGGUUCUCCUGUACAAAAGCCUCUGUCCCCUAUGGCAUCACCCGGUCCGAUGUCCCCUAUGGCAGUACCAGGUCCAAUGUCCCAUAUGGCAGCACCAGGACUCAUGUACCCUAUGGCAGUACCAGGCCCCAUGUCUACUAUGGUAACACCAGGUCCCAUGUCCCCUAUGGUAGCACCAGGUCCCAUGUCUCCUAUGGCAGUACCAGGUCCCAUAUCCCCUGUAGGAUCACCAGGAGGAUUUAGAGAGCCAAUAAUGAAUGUGGGGCAUUCUCCUGUACCCAUACGACGACAAAGCCCUCACACCUCUCCACAUCUCUCCAUGCAUACUUCUGGUGCACUCCCUGUGAGACGCAGCCCUUCCCCACAGCCCUCCAUUCGUCAUUUUGGAGCCAGGGGAGUGCCUCCAUCUCCAACACUAAGCAGAGGGAUGCCAUCUCCAGUUAGUCAUGUUCAACCCCCUUCUUCUCCUCUUGGACGUAGAAGAGUAAGCCCCCCUGCCUCUCCAACAUUUUCCAGACGUUUCCAACCUGAAGCAUCAUUUAUAGAGGCCACAGCAUCCCCUAAGCCUGUGACCCGCCAAAUAGCCCCACGAGCCCCCUCUCAUCGCGCUAGCCCACCUGGUUCCCCCCGUGGUUCCAUCCGCAGGCGGAGCCCCCCACUUUCCCCCCAUGCAUCAGUGAGGAGACCCAGCCCACCUGCCUCCCCAUCAAUUGCUCAACGACCAUUUGGUGCAAGGAAGCUUCAACCUUCACCAUCUCCUCCUAGGCGAAUGAGUCCUCCACCCUCUCCACAGAUGAGCAUGCAUCCACUGGCAUCACCUGCACCUUCAAGAAGAAGUUUUGCAAUUGAACCAGAAUCUGUGCUGCCUCCUUCUCCUUCUCCAGGCAGACGCAGAACACCUUCUCCCACUCUCUCCCGGAGGUCGACCCGUCUAAUGAGGGAUCCACUGCCUCUUGGAUCACCUGGUGGGCGCCUACGGGGAAUAGGCCGUCCAAACAUUCCUAUGGGAGCUGUAAAGCCCUCUCCUGGUCGAAUGACUCGCCCAGGUGCUCCAACACAAAACGUACCUCCUUUCAGAUCCUCCAUACGCAGCAACAGGUCAAUCAUGCCUCAGGACUUCACUUCAUCCCCACAGCUCUCAGGCCAAUAUCCUGGGACAGCCAUGAGGGAGCAGAGGCGUUUCAUUCCCCCAGGACCUGGAGGCCAUACAAGGGACCCCCAAAGACCUGUUGGACGUGGGCGUCCUUUGAUUGCCAGGCAGUCCUUGAGGCAGGCACCUCAUUCACCACAGCCUUCCCUAAAACGCAUGGGCCCUCCAUCACCGCAACCUUCUGUUAGGCAUUUCUCUAGACCGACUUCUCCCCACCCUUCCAUCAAACAUGGCUCACCAUUACCAGUGCGCACUCUUUCCCCUCGUGCACCACCCUCCCCUCUCCUUUCAGGUGCUUUGCAGAAUUCACAAAUCCCUGCUGCACCGUUUGCAUCUGCCUACCCUGUUGGAGUAGAACCAAUCCCUGUGGAAACUAAUCAAAUGAUAAGUGUGCCUCAAUCUCCUAUGCUCACAAGUCCUUUCCAAAAUCAAAAUAUACACAAUGCCUACACUUCACCAAUCCAGCAGCCCAUGCAAUCAUAUUCUUCUGAUGUCACAAGUAUAGAACAGUUUCCUGGACAACCAUCAUCACCACAUUUAUCAAAUGCCUUGCAAUACCAAGCCUUACGUGAUGCUUCCUAUGCCUCAGUGCUGCAACCAGGACCAGCAACAUACGCCCCAGAAAUGAAUCUAGUACAGCAGAAUCUAGGGCAGGUGCCAUCUCCACUUUUAUCAAAUGCCUUGCAAAAUCCUCAGGUCCGUGGAGCCUCGUACACAUCACCCUUGCAAAGGCCAGGCUCUCCAUAUGCGCCGGAAGUGGCAGAAUUUCCUGGCCAACCAGCCUCCCCACUCUUAUCAAAUGCUUUGGAAAAUUCCAGCCUCCAUAGUGCCUCAUUUGCCUCACCAUUACUACCUCCCAUGUCACCAUAUGCUCCUGAAAUGGAGGCUUUUGAACAAAGUUCAGGCCAACCUGUAUCUCCUAUGCUGUCUAAUGCUAUCCAGAAUCCUUACCUCCGUAAUGCCUCAUACAAGUCACCCAUGAAUAUGCCUCCUUCUCCCUAUUCACCUGUCAUGACAGAAUAUGAUUACAUAGAGGAUCCAGGCCCUGGACCUCUCCUCACUAAUGCUCUUCAAAACCCCAACGUCCGAAAUGCUUCUUACCGAACACAUUUACGUCGGAGAGGAUCAAGAUAUCCUCCUGGCUAUGGUCCAAAAGGGUCACCAGUUCUUUCAAAUGCUUUACAAAACCAACAAAUCCGCAAAGCAUCUUACCAAACCCAACUGGUUCAUCAAAGGAGCAGCUACCCCUAUGCACCCAUGGCUGCCACCUCUCCAAUGCUUUCAAAUGCAUUACAGAAUCAACAGGUAAGAAAUGCUUCAUACAGACUUUCUGAUGGGACCUUAAUAGGAAUGGAUGGCCAACCACAACAGUCCAUGUCUCCAAACCUUCCAAAUGCCUUGCAGAAUCCAAAUAUGAGAAACGCUUCCUACAGACUCCCAGAUGGGUCAGUUAUUAUGGCAGGUCAGCAGCAGCCAGUGUCUCCCAACUUGUCACGUGCACUUAGGAAUGAGAGUGUUCGAAAUGCAUCUUAUAGGCUACCUGAUGGGACAGUUAUAUUUGCUGAGCAACAGCUGCAGCCAACUUCUCCACAUUUAUCUGAUGCACUUCAAAAUCCAAACAUGAGAAAUGCAUCCUAUAGAUUGCCUGAUGGCUCGAUAAUUUAUACACAGUCAAAACCUAGCUCUCCGAAUUUAACAGAGGCAAUUCAGAAUCCACAAAUGCGAAAUGCAAGUUACAGACUGCCUGAUGGGUCUAUUAUAUCUACACAGGUACCUUAUAAAUCCACCUCUCCUAAUUUAACAAAUGCACUUCAGAAUCCAUCCCUUCGCACUGCUGCCUAUAGGCUUCCAGAUGGUUCAAUAAUCAGUGCUGAUCCAGUACGCUCCCCAGUUCUGACCAGUGCCCUUCAAAAUGUAGAUAUUAGAAAUGCUACCUACAGGCUACCUGAUGGCUCAGUAAUCAGUGCUGAUCCAGUACGCUCCCCAGUUCUGACCAGUGCCCUCCAAAAUGUAGAUAUUAGAAGGGCUACCUACAGACUACCUGAUGGCUCACUAAUCAGUGCUGAUCCAGUGCGGCCCCCAAAUCUCUCCAGUGCCCUUCAAAAUGUAGAUGUUAGAAAAGCUACCUACAGGCUACCUGAUGGCUCAGUAAUCAGUGCUGAUCCAGUACGCCCCCCAAAUCUCUCCAGUGCCCUCCAAAAUGUAGAUAUUAGAAGUGCUACCUACAGGUUACCUGAUGGCUCAGUAAUCAGUGCUGAUCCAAUACGCUCCCCUAAUCUCUCCAGUGCCCUCCAAAAUAUAGAUAUUAGAAAUGCUACCUACAGGCUUCCUGAUGGCUCAGUAAUCAGUGCUGAUCCUGUACGCCCACCAAAUCUUGCCAGAGCCCUCCAAAAUGCAGAUAUCAGAAAGGCCACCUACAGGCUACCUGAUGCCUCUGGACUGAUUAUUGGGCCAGAUGGCAGAUACGCAGUGGUGUCCCCACACAGGAAAGGCCCAGAGGAGCACUGGGCCCAAAAUGCCAGGGAGGGACAAACAGCAGAAGAUAUGUGGGCUGCAGAGAAGGUCCUGCCUCAUGGAACAGUCCAGAAUCUUAUCAAGUGGUCUAUGUACCGUGACGAGAACAUGAUGGACCACCUUACUCCUCCACCCAUUGGUCUGGGGUCCAGGGAGGCAGAGGUACACUGGGUACCAGAUCGGGAAGGGGAGCCCAGUGGCCAGUGGUAUGACAAGAUGUAUUCUAUAAGGAGUCUCCCCACUAUGAGAUACAGGGAGAAAAGAGAAGGAGAUGGAAUUGAGGACAUGACACAGUUGGAAGAUCUGACAGAGGCUGCUGUUUUAAUUAACCUGAAGACUCGCUUUGACCAGGAGCUUAUCUACACAUAUAUCGGCAGUAUCCUGGUGUCAGUGAAUCCAUACAAGUUGUUCAACAUCUAUGGCACUGAUAUGGUCCUCCAAUACGAGGGUCAUGGCUUAGGGGAGAAUCCACCUCACCUUUUUGCAAUUGCCAACAUGGCCUACACAACGAUGAUGGACAUCAAACGGAACCAGUGCAUCAUAGUCAGUGGUGAGAGUGGGUCCGGUAAGACAGAGGCAACGAAGCUGGUCCUGAGAUACCUCACUGCCAUUCAUCAUAAGAGAAAUGUAACACAACAGAUUGAGAUACUAGAAGCAACACCUCUGCUGGAAUCAUUUGGGAAUGCCAAAACAGUGCGGAACGACAACUCCAGUCGCUUUGGGAAGUUUGUGGAGAUUUUUCUGGAGGAGGGAGUGAUAAGCGGUGCCAUAACCUCGCAGUAUCUACUGGAGAAGUCCAGGAUAGUUUUUCAGGCCAAAAAUGAGAGGAACUACCACAUCUUUUAUGAGAUGUUGGCUGGACUCCCCAUUCAUCAGAGACGAGCCUUCUACCUACAAGAAGCUGAAACCUAUUACUAUCUGAACCAGGGUGGAAACUGUCAGAUUGUGGGGAAGGAUGACGGGGAGGAUUUCUGGCGGUUACAGAGUGCCAUGGAAAUUCUGUGCUUCAGCCCGGAAGACCAGAGCAGUGUCUUCAGAGUACUGUCGUCCAUACUGCACCUGGGCAACGUCUUCUUCCAUAGACUCGAGACUGAGGUGCAGGAGACAGCGGGGGUAGUGAGUGCUCAGGAGAUCCGUGUUGUGGCCGAACUGCUUCAGAUUUCUCCCGAGGGUCUGCAGAAAGCCAUCACCUUCAAAGUCAUGGAGGCGAUGAAAGAGAAAAUAUACACUCCUCUGACCGUAGAGAGUGCUGUGGAAGCCAGAGAUGCUGUUGCCAAGAUCCUCUAUUCCUUGCUCUUUUGUUGGCUAACGGAGCGAAUCAAUGGUCGUGUUUACCCCAGGAAUGAGGCCCUGUCCAUAUCCAUAUUGGAUAUAUAUGGGUUUGAGGAGUUAACAUUUAACAGCUUUGAGCAGCUUUGCAUCAACUACGCCAACGAGACUCUCCAGUACUUCUUCACAAAAAUCAUCCUAAAGCAGGAACAGGAAGAGUAUGUACGAGAGCAGAUCGGAUGGAGGGAAUUGUCUUUCACCGACAACCAGGCAUGUAUAGACCUCAUUGCUGCGAAGCCUCACGGGAUAUUCCGCAUUCUCGACGACCAGAGUAACUUUCCUCAGGCCACUGACCACACCUUCCUUCAGAAGUGCCACUAUCACCAUGGCAACAAUCCCCUCUACUCCAGGCCAAAAAUGCCACUGCCAGAGUUCACUGUGAAGCACUACGCAGGGCGAGUGACUUACCAGGUCCAUAGGUUUCUGGAUAAGAAUCAUGACCAGGUUCGACAAGAAGUCCUGGAUCUGUUCGUUCAGAGCCACAACAGGAUGGUCUCCAAUCUCUUCAUAAAGCACGCUGAGAUGCUGAACCAGCAGAAAGGGGGAAUGAGGAGGGACAGCACAGUGACCCGGCGAUAUCAGCCCUCCACCGUCGCUGCCAAGUUCCAGCACUCUCUACAGGAGCUCCUGGACAAGAUGGAAAGGUGUAACCCAUUUUUUGUUCGCUGCAUAAAGCCAAAUAAUAAUAAGGAACCAGGUCUAUUUGAGCCUGAUUUGGUGGCAAACCAGCUCAGAUAUUCUGGAAUCAUGGACGCCAUCCAAAUUCGAAAGGAAGGAUAUCCAGUCAGAGUGCCUUUCCAUAAGUUUUUAGACAGGUAUAAAGCACUGCUAGGGCUGAAGAAAGCGCCGCCGCCGGACGGAGAUAACUGUGUCCUUGUGUUGAUGAAGCUCUGUCCAAUCCAAAAGGGAGAUUAUCAAGUGGGCGUGUCCAAGCUGUUUUUAAAGGAGGACGUGUAUCAGCUGUUGGAGAGCAAGCGUGAUCGCAUGAGGCACUUGGCUGCACUGACGUUACAGCGAUACGUUCGUAUGUACUUCGUCCGUAAGCAAUUCCUCAAGUUCCGCAUGGAUAUGGCCAAACUUCAGGCCCACUGCCGAGGCUUCCUCGCCAGGCGGCAGUUUCUUCAGAUGCGUGUGAACCUGAUCAAGUUGCGCUCAAUGAUUUGGCUCUUCGUCAACCGCAAACGAUACAUCAGGGAUAAUCUUCUCUUGGCCAGGAGGGCAGAGGAGGAGAGGAGACGACUGGAAGCGGAGCGAGCCAGUCGUGAGGUGAUUAACGUGUCCCAGCUGGUGAUCCCUGCUGAACUGGGAGGGCUGCUGCAGGCCACUGCAGCUGGUAAGGAGUUGCAUUCAGAGUGCCUGGCUUUGGUUCAGGCUCCGAGAGUACAGGUCGAUCCUCAGCUCACUCUCCCUCUGGAUAUCAACAACCACCUAAUGACCAAAUACAUACGCUCAAAUUUCCGAGAGCUAGAAUUUGGGAUGCUUACAGCACCUCUUCAAGCUCCGCUGACUCGUCUGGAGGACGACCUAAAACAAGACGCUCUUGACGUCUUCUUAUUGAUUUUGCGUUUCAUGGGGGACCCCAACUUGAAUGGUGCUCAGGAGAACUUGUUUGGAAAUUACAUCAUCCAGCGGGGCCUGGCCACUCCACCAAUCAGGGAUGAGAUUUUGGCACAGGUGGCCAAUCAGGUGUGGCGGAAUGGAAACCAGCGCAACGCAGAGCGAGGCUGGCUGCUGAUGGUGGCCUGUUUGAGCUCCUUUGCCCCGAGUGAGAAAAUGGAGAAAUAUCUGCUGAAGUUUGUGUCAGACUACGCUCUGAACGGCUUUAAGGUGCUGUGCCAGCACAAGCUGCUCCAGGCCAUGCAGAAGUCCUGCCUGGGCCCUGAGGCGGCCCGCACCUACCCCCUGUCUCUACUGGAGUGGACGGCCAACCGCAAGAAAGCUCACAUGGUCCUGCAGGUGCACUGCUUCGACGGAGUAUCUUUCCUGUGUCCAGUCCACUCAUGGACAAGUGGUGAGGAAGUGGCAGGCAAUGUUUUGCAGCACAGGGGCGUGUCCUCGGAGAGCAGGCAUGGUUGGUCAGUGCUGAUGAAGGAGCCAGGUCAGUGGGUGGAGCUGGAGGGUCAUGACUACGUGAUGGACCUGGUGUGUGAUCUCGAGCUGCCCGCUGACUUCCCCAAACAGAAAACACACUUCAUCAUCUCCACGCACGACCCCAACCGAGCACGGCCCAACGCAAGCAUAAGCCUCUUUGGAAGUGGAUUCAAUGAGGAUGAGGAAGCACCGCUCUCAUAUGCGAACAGAGUCAGUGCCGUGGUAACCAACAGCCUGCCAAUCUCUGAAGGCCACUACAGUCAAGAUUCAGAUCCAUCUUAUGACGGAGCUCACAAGGGAAUGGACCACUAUCUGGACAGCCUGUUUGACCCUGUACUGUCGGACAGAACUGGGGAUAUGGAUGCAUCUCUUCUGUCUGGUAGAAUGAAAGGGGGAGGCGGUGUGGGUGGUAACCAUGACAGCAGAGUUCCAGCCGCAGCCAGUGUGCCUUACUCAGCAGCUCUGCAACCAGGAGCGGUCAGAGUGCUGCCCCCCAUUCCAGCAGUACCGAUCACCCCCACUGCUCCAGAUCCACAAACUGUUAUGGCCCAGCAACAGCAAGCCAUCAUCAACCAGCAAGCUGUCAUUAUGGCCCAGCAGAUGACCAUGCAGGCCAUGGCUAUGGUGACCAGUCCCAUCUCCAGCCCACCCCUCUCUCCAAUCACCAGCCCACCCACAAGCCCACCCCCAACCCCCUACAGCACUAUGCCCCCCAGCCCUUACCCUGCAGUCCCCCCGAGCCCUUACGCCAACAUCCCACCCAGCCCCUACGCCCACGUCACUCCAUCCUCCUCCUACAGUGGUCCACUCGUUAGCCCCUACCCAAGUGUGACCCCAAACCCAGCGUCCUCAACCACCACCAUCCCAGGAGUUCAGGGUCAGUCCAGUCAAAACAGGCCGCUAAAGAGCCCCCAGCCACGGAGCAGCACAGCAGCGCAGGGUAAAGGAACUAAAGGGAGUUUUGGGAAGAAGCAAGCUCCUCCCACUCCAAUUAAACCAAUUAUUAUUGACAACAAGCCUUCCAAGAAACACGCUCCAGUGGUGGUCUCAGGUCCAAUGCGUUCUGCUCCAUCUCCGGCUACAGAUGUGGUUAAAUAUUCUCUCUCCAACUCAGAGCACAUCGUCCCCAGUCACAACAUAAAGGACAUCAUCAAGCAAUACCAAACUCCAACACCAGAGCCUGCGCCAGAGAUACGGAGGCGAGAACGCAGAGGUUUUGUGAAAAAGAUGAAUCCACACGACGAAGCCAUGCAUAUCCUAAAAACACAGAUGGAUAAUCCACCUCCUCCACAGAGAAGAGCUCCAGCCCCUGUACCUGGAUCAAGAGAGCCAGGCCUUAAACCGACUAAGAGCACAAAGAAGAGGGCACCAGAACCCCCAUUAACUAUGCCACUCCCACCAGUGUCCAGAGAUCUUCCAGUGGAAACAGAAACCAUUCAAACUCAGCUCCACCGCAGCAGCACUGAAGAACAUUACACAUACACCAACGUCCCUUGGAAGAUCUACCUCAGGAAGGAGGUGUUCUACCCAAAGGACAGCUGGAAUCAUCCUCUUGUGCUGAACAUCAUAUUCAAGCAGAUUGUUAAUGACACGUUUUCAGAGGCCUGUGUGCGCAUCACCAAAGACGAGAGGCUGAAAAUGAAGGCUCUGUUCAUGCAACACAAAAUAGAUCAGAACACAGACGUUCAGGAUGAGAGUGUGAAGAAGGCCGUGGUCUCUGCUGCCCGAGAAUCAUGGGAGAUUUAUUUCUCUCGUCUUUUCCCAGCUUCGGGCAGUGUGGGCACUGGAGUCCAGGUGCUGGCCGUCUCUCACUCUGGCAUCAAACUGCUGAAAACGGUGAAAAGCAGCGCCGCAGCUCCAGACUACUUCAGAGUACUGCGGCCGUACAGCUACACUGACAUCCUCUUUGUGACCAUCCCGUCUCCCAACAUGCUGGAGUUUAACCUGAUGAGUGAGAAGCUGAUCCUUUUCUCAGCCAAAGCUCCACAGAUCAAACACAUGGUCGACCUCUUCAUCUCUCAGCUCAAGAAGGAUUCUGAGUAUGCAGUGGCUGAAAGAAACUAUAUUACAGAGGACCGAGCUCUGCUCAGCUUCCAUAAAGGAGACAUAAUUCGAUUACAGGCUAUGGACGGAUUAGAAGAGGGUCAGCUGUAUGGAUGUGUGGUUAAGAAGAAGGUCAUUUAUCUGGAAGAAAUGAAGAGAGACACAGCGGACUUUGGCUGGAGGUUUGGGGCGGUGAUGGGUCGCAGCGGUGCGUUUCCUGCAGACUGUGUGGUUCCUGUUGCGGCUCCAGACUUCCUUAGUUUGCCUGUGGAGAGGAAAGGAGAACCGAGAGACAGACAGGGCCGAGUGGUGGCGUCAGGAGCUGUAGCGCUCGCUGUGGCGUCCAGCGCAGCUGCACAUGAACUUGACCCAACACUAGAGUUGGACGAAUUUGGUGAUUUCGGCAAUCCUGAAGUGGAGGGGAGCGUCCUUUUAGACAGCCAGUACAACAUGGUGGAGUUUGCCAAGAAAUACUUCAGACAAUCUAACGGGAGCCAAAGUGAUUCAUUCAGAGACAAGUCUAAGAAAGGCAAAGGCAGAGACCCUGCGGAAAUGGUCAAAUUCAGCAAGACCCCUAUCCAGGAGUCCCUCAUCGAGUUCAAUGACCCCAAUAUGAACAGGGUCGCUUCUGAAAUCUUCCUGGCCAUGAUGAAGUUCAUGGGAGACCAUCCUCUCCGAGGCCAGUCCGAACACUUUGUGAUCUGCACCUUCCUGAAGCUGAUUGGAGAGUAUGGGCUGAUGAAGGAUGAAGCGUACUGUCAGGUUCUGAAACAGAUCACAGCCAACACCAGCUCGAAACCUGAUAGCUGUCAGAAGGGCUGGCGUCUGCUCUACGUUCUCACAGCGUACUGCCGCUGCUCAGAGGUGCUCAAACCUUUCCUGGUCAAAUUCUUACAGGACGCCUGCAAGAGCCCAGGUGCUCUGUUUCAAGGCAUUGCUAAAGCCUGUGAGCAGAAUCUGAGGAAAACGUUCCAGUUUGGUGGGAGGAGUGUGUUCCCCAGCAGCAUGGAGCUCAAAGCCAUCAUGGCUGGUCGAAGCUCAAAGAGGCAGCUCUUUCUGUUCCUUGGAGGAAUCGAGCGACACCUGAAGAUCAAAACCUGCUCUGUGGCUCUCAACGUCAUAGAGGAGCUGUGUUAUGAGAUGGCUUUGCAAAGACUGGAGGCCAUGGAUGAGUACACGAUUUUCAUUGUUACAAACAGAGGUCAGAAUGUGCGGCCGCUGAAUAAGAGGGAGUACAUCCUGGACAUUGCGACGGAGGCGGAGCAGAUCGACAGCAACUACAGCUUCUGGUUCCGGCGGGUUAUCUGGGCUCAGCCACUCAAGUUUGACAACGAACUCAGUGUCACAAUACACUACAAUCAAGUUCUUCCUGACUAUCUGAAGGGUUUGCUCAAUGUUCUGCCCCAGGGGAAGGUCAGCGAGCAGCAGUUUAAUCAAAUCGCCAAACUUGCCGCCCUGCAGCACAGAACCAAGGACAGCCUUUACGCGCCCACCAUUCAUGAGAUAGUGGAGUAUAUUCCAGCUCAGCUGUUUACCAGACAGGGCCCUCAGCAGUGGAUGCACCUGGUCACGCAGCACACUCACGCAGUCCAGAGCCUCAACCCUCACCAGGCCAGAGCACAGUUCCUAGGGUUAGUGUGUGCGUUCCCCAUGUUUGGAUCUUCCUUCUUCUACAUUCUGAGUAGCAGCAGCAGCGUCAUCCCCACCCCCUGCAUCCUGGCUGUCAAUCAAAACGGCCUCCACUUCCUGGAUAAAGACACUCAUGAGGUUUUGGUGAAGUUUCCACUGAAGCUAGUUCAGUCCACUCAGACCCAGCGGCCCAGCGCAGGACUGAGCUACCCCUAUGUGGACAUCUUACUAGGAGACAUGGCCAACCCCCGGAUCACACAGUUACAGCUGGAACAGGGCUUGGAGCUUUGCCGGGUCAUCGCCAUGCACAUCGAGAAUCUGCUGUCACUUCGACAAAAGAGGCUCACUCUGCCUCCGAGUGAAAUCACCCUCCUCUAACACACUUUAUAUACACUGACCGCUCACUUCAAGUUCACCUUUUGUUUACACUCAUUGUGCAUUUUA